GUUUGUUUAUUAUUCGAUAUUUUGAAGCGAGUUGGGAACUUGUGAGUUGCGAGUUGCCACCCCAAUUUUGUUUUCCAACUCUACAAAUUCCAUUCCUAGGGCUUUCUUCUUCUCCCUCUCAACCUUACAGGCACAUGCUCACAACCCAACUCCAGAUGGAAGUGCAAGAUCACGGUCACAUAAUUGAAGUGUGUGGAGAUGUGCAAGCUGUAGGUCCUAGCAUUGUGGGAAGUAAAAUUUGUGGGGAUGCGCCUUCUUGUGGAUUUUCUGAUGCAAAGAAUAGUUCAAAAGAUGCAAAGGAGCGUUCUGCAUCCAUGCGAAAGCUUUGCAUAGCAGUUGUUCUUUGCAUUGUUUUUAUGAGUGUAGAAGUAGUCGGAGGUAUCAAAGCAAACAGUCUUGCAAUAUUGACUGAUGCUGCUCAUUUGUUGUCAGAUGUUGCUGCUUUUGCUAUUUCUUUGUUCUCACUCUGGGCCUCUGGUUGGGAGGCAACUCCACGUCAAUCCUAUGGUUUCUUCCGCAUUGAAAUACUUGGUGCUCUUGUUUCCAUUCAGAUGAUCUGGCUUCUAGCUGGAAUUCUUGUUUACGAAGCUAUUGUCCGUCUCAUCAAUGGUCCGGGAGAAGUUAAGGGGUUUCUCAUGUUUGCUGUUUCUACGUUUGGGUUAGUUGUUAACAUAGCCAUGGCUCUGCUACUUGGUCACGAACAUGGUCAUGCCCAUUCUCAUGGUCACAAUCAUGGACAUGGUGAGCACGACCAUGGUCAUGGCAGCCACGAACAUGGUGAGGAAGAUCAUAGACAUCGUCAUGGAAUAAGUGUGACCAUGCACCACCACCACCAUGAAGAGAAGAGAGCUGCCAGCGAUGGUGUUGAGCACCACCACCACCAUCAUCAUCACAAACACAAGGAAUCAACAACUGUCCCCUUGCUUGAUAGUUCACAAAAGGUUACGAAAGCGCAAAAGAAACAACGGAACAUAAAUGUACAGGGGGCUUAUCUUCAUGUACUUGGAGAUUCCAUCCAAAGUAUCGGGGUAAUGAUCGGUGGGGCAAUCAUAUGGUAUAAACCAGAAUACAUGAUACUUGAUCUGAUAUGCACCCUCAUUUUCUCUGCGAUUGUGUUGUGCACAACAAUUCAAAUGCUUAGAAAUAUCCUUGAGGUAUUGAUGGAGAGCACGCCUCGGGAGGUGGACGCAACAAAGCUGGAAAAGGGUUUGUGUGAGAUGGAGGAGGUAGUUGCAAUCCAUGAACUGCACAUUUGGGCCAUAACUGUUGGGAAGAUUCUAUUGGCAUGUCAUGUUAUAAUAAAGCCAGAGGCAAAUGCAGACAUGGUAUUGGACAAAGUUAUUGAGUAUAUUAGAAGAGAGUACAACAUCAGCCAUGUUACCAUUCAGAUAGAGCGUCAAUAGAUCUUUAGAUGCUAUGCUUUUUAGUACUUAUAGCUAUGGUUUUCCAGAUGAAGUUUCAUUUCUUUUCAAUUCCGGAAUAUUAAAUCCACAUCUUCUUCUCUCUCUCAACAAGGAAAUGGAAUUGCUAUUCAGUGCAAAUAUAGUAGUAGCGGAAAUUCAAACUAGGAUUGCUCAUCAUUUAAAAGACUCUUAUAAUAUGUGUCAUUCAAUCACUUGUGACCCAAUCACAAUUUUCCAUC